AUGGCUUCGGUCAGCCUCUUACAGCUGCUGGAUGACGCUAUCGGGACGCCCGAGGUCAAUGUCAACUUAGAGGCGCUCCGCAAAUUGCUGAAGGUCAUAUUGGGACACCUGAGCCUGCUGGGCCUGCAGGACGUGAUCCCCCAGGAGGGGGCCCAGGAGGCCGCGCCCGUCCCGGGGCACAGCCCCGGCGCACAGGAGGGCACAGGGCGGCCGUCCCAGCAGCCGCCCGGGAGCGGCCCUCCUGGCACCUCCGCGGCUGCCGACAUGGGACAGAUGGAGAAGACUGAAGCCGAAGAGCCCCACACGGAGACCACUAAGUCCAACAUGGAAGAGGAGAUCCAGAGGAUCAAGGAGGCACUUGACCAGACCACAGAUCUCUGCAAGGAUCUCCAUAAGGAGAUCAAUGAGAUGAAGGCCACACAGUCCCACAUGGGAGAAAGCAUCCGGAUGAUCCAGGAGGCACUUGGCCAGGGUGCUGCCAGCCUCCUCCACGACCAGCCUGCUCCUGCCAAGCCCCACACUUCGGACAUGAGCAAGCUGGGUACCCAGAGCACCACCCCUGGGAUGCAGACAGGGAUCCCCAGUGCCCAAAGUGGCACCACUGGGACACAGCCGUGUUCCCAAGCAGGUUAUCCAGCUAUGGAGAGCAUCACUAGAGACCUGUCUGAGCUCCAGCACCAGAUGUCCUCCCUGCAGCACCUGGCUGAAGACCUGCAGGAUGAGAAGGAGAAGAUCAGACAGCUGGAGGCUGCUUUUGGAAAGCUGGGUGUGACUGCAGCCAAGUGCGAAGUGGAUGGCACCAGCCAGAUCCCAGUACAGCUGGAGUCUGCACUGCAGGAGAUUAAGCAGGAGCAGAAGGAGCUGAGAGAGGAGCAGAAGAUUGCCAAGGCCACACUGAAGCAGCUGGUCACAGUUGACCAGCUUCAGGAGCGGCUGAAACAGCUGAGGGCCAUGAUGGGGAGUGCGGGGAAGCAGCUGGGAGAGUCACAGGCAGUGUGCCCUGAACACAGCGCAGAGACCAAGCUUGUGAGGAAGCUCCUACACCGCUGUGAAAGGCUUCAGGAGCAGGUGGACUCCAUGGUGCCACAGCAGGUGCUGAGGUCACUGCCACAGAAUACCCAGGAUGACGAACUGCUAAAGAGCAUCCAGGCCACCGUUGUGCGGGUGGAAGGGGACUGUGAGCAGCUCAGCUAUGUCACAGGGAGCCUCCGGGAUGACCAUCGCCAGCAUCAGAAAGAUAUUGAGGCUCUGUUCCAGUCCCUGGAGGGUCUCGAGAAGAAAGCAGACAAGGAGGACCUGAUGCUGCUGAAAGUGGACAAAGCUGCCCUGGGCAGCAAAGUCAGCUGCGCCCAUUUUGAUGCAAGCAUGGAGCAUCUGGAGGAGAGGAUGCGAGAGCUGCUGAGACGGGUUUUAAGCCAGGAGCAGCGCUGGCAGGAGGCCCAGCAGCAGUUCAGUGAUGCCCUGGACUCCAAGCUGGAUCGCCUGGAGCUGGGACCUUUCCAGAAGCAGCUGGAGGAAAACUGGGCAAGGAUCAUCAAGGAUCUCAAGGACGAGUUGUCAGUAGAGAUUGACGACGCUGCUGGAAUUAAGCAGCAGCUGCUGGUCCCGUACAAAUGCCUGUCCUGCGACCGGCAGCUCAACGUGCAGGUGCCUGGCCCGCACAUUGACACAUUGCCACUCUGCCCAUCGAUGCCCAGCAGCCACACUGUACGCCCCUCUACCAUCACCGCAGAGGAGCAAGCACAACAGCAUGGUCACAGGAAGCUGGUCAGUAGCAAGUUCCACAAGUCACAGAGCUGCAGGGGUCAUGACACAUCCAGUGCACCAGUCAGGGAUGUUCUACACCUCUCCAAAAAGCCUGGCCUGACUGAGCUGCUGGGCACAGAUGACCGCGUGGAUUUGGGCCAGCAGCACAGGCCUGAGGUGGCAAAGAGGGCCAAGGAUUAGCUGGUUCUCCUUUCCAUGGAUGAGCCCUGAGGAGCCAGGGGCUCUGCAUGCAAUGACAUCUCCUCCUCAUGUAGUGCUGGCUACAGGGCACCUCUAGGAGGGAGGACAGACUUGCUGGAACUCAUCCACUAGCUCUGUGUGAAGGCUAGUGCAGCAUCUGUAAGCAUGGGAACGUGGGGGCAGGCUCCCUGGCCUUUGCUGGCAAGAUCAUAGAUCCCUAAGAGGGUUGCAUUGGUGGAUGUGAGGCUGGCUGGAGACCUGUGGGCAGAGAGCUACAGAGGUGGGAGGCUACAGUGGAAGCUGAAGAGGAGAUGUGGGAGCAGGAUAAGAUCUGGUCCUGUGACCCCCAUGGGAUCCAUGAUUUACCUGCUGGAUGAGGAGUGAGCUGGAACACCUCCUUGUGUCCUGUGAGCCAGAGUGCUCCUUGCUGACAUCCCAGGACACUGCAUUUACAGCUUUAAUCAGGUCUUUACAGUGGGCUUGGACCUGCUUUAAACUGUCAGUGUCCUCCUGCUUCUUGGCACCAUUAUUUUAUGACCAGUCACAUAAAUAACUGCUGGUCAAACAAAAGUGCAAGUAUAAAGAAGCUCAUUCUUCCCCUGGGCUGACUGUUGAGGAUAGAGACACGAGAGUGAUGAACCCUGGCCCUGACCCAGCAAACGUGCAGGGGGAGCUGAGGGUCAUGGAACUGGGGAUGGGCACACCUCAAGAUGGGUAUGUCAUCCACCCCUGACCUGCAACACUGCAUGUCAUCUGCAUGCCUUAGAGGUCCCUGACCUCUCUGGGUCCCCAGCCAGCCCCAGAGGUCCCUUUCCCCCUAAGUCCUCAACCCCCCAUCCUAGAUGUCUUUGUUUUCAUAGAGCAAUUUCUCUCUGAAAACCCUCACCUCUGGCUGUCCCCAUUCCCUGGAGGGUCCCACCUGGGGCAGCACUGCAGUGUGGCUCAAAAACACCUUGUUUGAUACACCAGUGCCAGCUUACGAGUGACACAGUAAAUUGGUAAACUUAACCAGUUUAUUUAAAGACAAAGUUCAGUUCAUCGGUUUUUUUGGAGUUUAUUGAGUUUUCGUGCAGAGGAUUCAGGCGAGCAGCAAAGUGCAGCUGGCUCACCAUAGCUCCAGGGGGGAAUUCCCCCAUGUGGGAAAUUCUGGUCUAAAGCAUGGGUCUAUACAGAGUUAUUCUAUUUCACAGGAUAAAAGGCAAAAACUAAAAAUUACACAAAAUUCAGAUAUCUUUUGCUCAACUCAGCAAUCACUCUAUUCAUGCCGCUGAGGCCCUGUACUGCACAGCUGAAGCACUACUGCACUGUAGUGCUUCAUUCUAUGUUAAAAAAGGCCCUUUGAGGUUAAAUAAACCCUCAAAUGCAGAUUUUUGGAGAGGAUUUUGGGCAAUGAAGGUCUUGGCAGGAGAAACAUCCAGCUUGGCUUCGUUUUUGGGGAGAAAACGCCUCUUCUCAGAGCAGGAGAAAUUAUAAAAUAGAAAAAAAUUAAAUGAAACUGUGAAAUUUUAUCCCAAUAAACUGGGUAAGAAGAGAUGAACAGGCCCCUGGAGGGGGCAACUGGACAAACCGAUGGCACCUGAAAAACUUUAGGCCCCCCCCCCCCCUUCCCCCCAGUUGGGAUAUGGGUUAAUUCUGGUAGGAUUUAGGGAUAUUUUUGGAGCUGUUUCUUCCCCACAUCCACUGCUAGUGCUGAAAACAACAAAUCUUAUUCUCACCAGAAGUGGAUAGCCUUCUCUAAAAAAAAGGUGUUGGUAGUUCAUCAGCACUUUCUCCUCAGGGCAGCAGUGCAGAGGCCACCAUUUCUUUAAUAAGUUCCUCCCUAAUCUGGGGAUUUCUUCCCUCUGGGCACUGUUUUCAGAUGGAAAAUCCCCAUUUCCCACUGUGCUAGCUGCUCCCGUGGGGAGAAGGCCCAAAAUGGAGCAAACGUACCCAAAACCAGAGGAUUAAAAACACACACCCCACCCUGGUUUGUACUGCAGCUGUAUUUUCUCUCUUCUGGAUGUAACACGCUGCUGAUUUUAAAAAGUACCUUUUAAGCUCCAUCUUUAUAAGCACCCACCAACACCAACAAAUUAUUAACCUGCACUGUUGUAAACCCAUCCCCAAAAUCCACCUCUUUUCACUUGCAAUGGACCUCAGUGAGGAACAGGAGAGGUUUAAUACCCCCACCAUCAUGGAGGGUUUACAGUCCUGACUCAGGCUUGCCCCUUCAUGCCUGCUGCUCUUCCCUUGGAUGCACAGUUCCCACUCAGUUUGAUCCUGAGGUGUUAGUGGAAGAGGAACAGCAUGGGGGGAGAAACAGGAGGCAAUGGCUAAAACUACCGCCUGGGAAUGCUCAUCCUCAAGCCACAAACCCCCACAAAAUGCACCCUGGGCUCCAACUUUGUGAAAAAAUCUUUGACUAUUGUGGAAAAAACACUCUUUCAGCUACUCCACACAGCCUCUUUCAUGGGGUGGUAUGAGGUGUGCCUGUCACUCAAGAGCGUUUUGAGGUCCACAGGUAGGGGGGCUGCAUCUGUUGGCUCUGCUCAAGGAGUGGGAGCUGUGCAUCCUCCACACCCAAACAUCUGCUCUCCCAGCUGCUGAUAGGAUGCUGUUAAGCUGCCCUUGAGCAGAAAGAGGUUGAUUUACUCCCCACCCCAAAUGCUGGAGAGCCAGCUGUGGGGCUACUGAGUUACACAAAAAGGCAGGCUUUUUGGAUGUUUAUUUUUUGUAUGGACUUUCAAAUUAAAUAUUCAUAAAGUUUUUCAGACGAAAAGUGGAUGGAGUGUUGGAAGCUCAUGUGUUUGAGCAGGAUGCUGCAAAAAAGUGUUUUCUUUACACGUCACUGGGCCUUGUCUUUUAAGGAAAGACCAACCUCAUCAUGAGCCAAACAAGGAAACAAUUAAUUGCACAACUGAGCAGGGCUCUAAUGUGGGUUUAGCUGCGCCCCUGUUUUGUCAGGGCUCUUGUUUAAAAUUAGGGUCCCAAAGAUAAAAGUUGCUGCCUUUCCUGGUAGUUUCUCCUCUUCCUCAGACCAAUGUGAAGAGUGCAUGUGGAUGGGGAGGAAAGUCUGGCAGCAAAGGAGUGACUGGGACUGCAAGAGGCAGAGACCUGCCUACUCCUGCCUGUGCUUGCUGAUAAGAGCACUUUAUUACAUGGUCAAACCCUAAUAACAAUUUUCUGCUGCUUCCAGAUACUGGUUCACUUGGGUUUUUUUUUCCCAUCUAUUCACUUGUAGGCAGUGAAAUGGGGGAUGAAAUCCUGUCUGUGGCCUCUCUCCCUGCUUACAUCCUGGCAGUGAAUACAAAACCCCAAAAAGACCCCAAUCUGAGUGAACCGGGGAGACAUGAAAUGUGGUUUUAGCCCACUUCCCCUAAAUUCUCUACAAAUCCUAAGCAGAAAAGUUUCCACUUGCAAAACUUUAUUAUGAGACAUCUAACAGCAGUAGCAAAGCCCAUUUUCUUCCUCAAGGUGAGUUUUUAAAAAUCGUUUAGGGACAUUCUCCUUGUUUUUCUUGUCCAUGUUUCCACUGACAAACAGAUGAGGAACUAAAAAUACCUCUGUUCUCCCAUUGUGAAGCAAAAGAAUGAAAUUUGAUUGUUAAAUUAGAUGUUGUAAAGAAAAUGAAAUGGGGCUGAACGGGGAGUGGGGCUGUUUGCUGUUGAGUGGAGUGUUUGUUGGCGUGGUAGAAGUGUCUGCACUUGGGAGGUUCAUGGUGGAUUUUUGGGGGACUCAGAUACAGCGGGUGAGCAUAGCUGGCCCCUUACCCAGCCAGGGCAGUGGCCAGAGUCAUUCACCUGCAAAAGUGGCUGGGGAAAAAAUUUCAGUCUAGCUAUCGGCAUCACGGAAAGCCACCUGCCCACCGGCAUAGUCCAGAGCCACCUUGAUGCAUCAGAGAGUGCAGCUGUGGGGCAGAGAUGUGGGGCUGCGUCAGGUGAGAGUUUGCAGCUGCCCCAACCACUGCCCCACGGCCUAAACCCCACGUUCGGGGCUGAGACCAAAGCAGCCCUUACAGGACACAAAUUCCUGAGCCACUCCCAGUGCCCAUUCGGGACCAGGACAAACCUUCACAGCCCAGCAAUGCCCCCCACAAAGCCCUGCCAACCCAAAACACAGUGGAGAGAUUCAAAAUGCUCCAUUCCUAAGGGCAGAGGAGCUUGGGGUGAUUCCCAGCAGCCUGCAGUCCAGCCAUCCGAUGACACCAGGAUCUGGAGGUGAGCUGCAGCUGGAUCCAAGGUCAUGUUUGCUGGCAGGGAGAGGGAUCUUCAUGAGGCUCUAUUCAUUGGAAGAUCACCUCCAAAAAUUGCACUAGAGCAUCAGCUCCAGGCACUGAACCCAUAUGGGUGUUCAGUAAGUCCCUGAAGCCGGCCUUACCUCUCCAGUAUUGGGAUACAAAGUAGACAGGGUCGACUGAGAGACGUUGUAAAAGGUGUUUCAUUGCAAAAUCAGUCUCAUGGAAGGGUGAGACAGUAAGGCUGUUACAUCAAACGUCAUCAUCAUCAUCAUAAGCUGUAUUAAUUAUAGCUACGAUGCCUUUUAUGAAUUUCUUAGCCAAUCAACAAUUUUUACAAAGCUCACUAGCAUCUUCAUAAAUCAAUCAUUAAUUGCUUUGUCUUACACAAUUCUACCACAAUGUGUCUUUUUUCAUCCAGUCAUAAAGCACUACAGAAACUUACAUUACUACAUCUUUCAUUUCUACUUUAUAACAAGUUCUAUUGCUAAACUUUAAAAUUUUCUACUGUCUUAGUUAACGUAUUUAUUCCCUUCCAUGAGGCAUAUUUCUGCCUGCUUAAAACAUAGCUCUGCUUAAACUACAAACUUCUAUCCUUACUUCAUGUCUGUUUCACAUUAUUGUGCUAAAGCGCCAAGCCUUCUCCAAGGUCUCAGGUCAAACAUUGUAUCCAUGUCUAUUUCUGAGCCUGUAUGCACAAGGCCUUGAGAGAUUUCUGUGCCUGCAUUUCCCACACUCCGGGAUGCCUCUGAGUCUUCUUCCAGAGAGCACUCCAGCAUGU